CCCAGGCCUCCCCGUGGGCACCAGGGCGUGAGCCCCGGGAGGAGCUGGGGCAGCCCUGGCCCCGCAGCGUCCAGCCCAGCUCUUUGGACCGAGCUGUUAAUCGGUAACCGAGGACGGGAGCGGUGCAGCCGGCAGGGCUGGAGGACCUCUACAACUCUCCUCCGAAGCCAGGACUCCCUCUGUCCUCACACAGCAGGGAUCCUACAGUUGAUUGUUACCUUCUCUGUGACUUCUCUGCUCUUCCCUCAUCCUUUGCCAAGUAGAGGAACCAGGGGGGCUGGCCAGCCAGCACUGGUCCCUUGCAGUGCUGUUUCUCUACUGCAUUGAAGCUGUGGCAUUUCUAGAGAUGGAAGAAAACCAAAUCACCAUGGACAGCCUCGAGAAGGGUGCAGAUAACCCAGCUUUCACCUCCCUGGGGGAGGAGAAUCUCUAUGAGGAUUGUGAUGGUCCACGUGUCGAGAGCAAAGAGGGGAGAAGAGAAGGGAAAGGGAGAUUCUCCUCCUACUGCCGGAAGGCCCUGCAGCCAGUAUCCAAGGCAAAGCACUUCUGCAAGACUCAUGCCAAAGUGUUGAGAAGGGUUGUCCUGGGACUCCUUGGAGUAGCCUACCUGUGCUACUUUAUUGUGGCCUGUUGGCUCAACUUCCAGCGAGCGCUUGCCUUGGUUGUCAUGACUGCGGUGGUUGUCUUCUUCAUCUGCUGGAGCCUCUUCAAGAAGCACUGUGGGGCAAAAGUGUUGCUGCUCCUCAGCCCCAUUGGGAACCGUUUCCAAAAGUCCUGGCCAUGGCUGAAAUGGCUGCUGUGGGUGGCCCUGCUGGGAGGCCUGAUCACAUGGCUGGCUUUGGACACCUUCAAAAACCCAGAGCAGCUCAUCUCAUUGGGUGGCUUCUGCUUUUUGGUGCUGUUCCUGUUCGCCUGCUCCAAGCACCAUGGCGCAGUGUCCUGGAGAGCUGUUUUCUGGGGCCUUGGCCUGGAGUUCUUACUUGGACUCUUCAUCCUCCGAACAGCCCCCGGUGUCCAAGCUUUCCAGUGGAUGGGUGACCAGAUCCAGUGCUUCUUGGGCUACACCACAGCUGGCUCCAGCUUUGUCUUUGGGAACAAGCUCAUCGAAGAAGUCUUUGCCUUUCAGACUCUGCCCAUCAUUGUUUUCUUCAGUUGUGUGAUGUCCAUCCUCUACUACCUCGGUGUCAUGCAGUGGCUCAUCGUCAAGAUCUCCUGGGUGCUUCAGGUCUCAAUGGGCACCACUCCCACCGAGACCCUGAGUGUGGCAGGGAACAUUUUUGUGGGACAGACUGAAGCCCCGUUGCUCAUCCGCCCAUACCUUGCAGACAUGACCUUUUCAGAAAUCCAUGCUGUGAUGACCGGUGGCUUUGCCACCAUCGCAGGCAGCGUGAUGGGUGCCUACAUAUCCUUUGGGAUAGAUGCUGCAUCACUGAUCGCAGCCUCCGUGAUGGCCGCUCCCUGCGCCCUUGCCAUGUCCAAGCUCGUCUAUCCCGAAGUGGAAGAGUCCAAGUUCAAGGGCAAAGGAAACAUUGACCUCUCCAGCAGGGAAGAGAAGAACAUCCUGGAAGCUGCAAGCAAUGGGGCUGCUGCCUCUGUGGUGCUUGUGGCCAACAUUGCAGCCAACCUCAUUGCCUUCUUGGCAGUGCUGGAGUUCAUCAACGCAGCCUUGCGCUGGUUCGGGGAGAUGGUGGACAUUGAGGGGCUCUCCUUCCAGAUGAUCUGCUCCUACGUCCUCAUGCCUGUGGCAUUUCUUAUGGGGGCCAGCUGGGAAGACUCACCACUGGUGGCCGAGCUCUUGGGGAUCAAGAUCUUCCUGAACGAGUUUGUGGCAUACCAGCAGCUGGCCACAUACAAGAAGAACCGUCUGUCAGGCCUGGAAGAGUGGAAUGGGAGCCAGAAGCAGUGGAUAUCUGAGCGUGCUGAGAGCAUCACCACCUUUGCACUCUGUGGAUUCGCCAACCUCAGCUCCAUUGGGAUCAUGUUGGGAGGCCUGACCUCCAUGGUCCCGCAGCGCAAGAGUGACUUGGCCUCCGUCGUGCUGCGAGCCCUGCUCACUGGGUUCUGUGUCUCCAUGCUCAAUGCAUGCCUGGCAGGUCUCCUUCAUGUGCCAAUGGAGGUGGGUGACUGUGUGACCAUCCUCAGCUCCACCAACUUCAGCUCCACCAGCUAUGCCAUGUACACGUGCUGCAAAGAGCUCUUUGCCAGCUCCGUGCUGGAGAACGGGACGCUCUCCUUCACGGGAGCCUGGGAGGGCCUGGCGGAGAGUGUGCUGUACCUGACACAGUGCUGCAGGCACUACAACCACGCAUCCUGCACAGGGACAACCUAGAAACGUGCAGGCAGAUGCCUGCUCCAGGGGCAAGGGCCUGGGAGCACCAGGGGCUGCAAAGCCUGGCCCCACAGAUAGAAAGAAAACCCCAGCAGAGCCCUGAGUGUUUGGUCUUCUCUGCUCCAGCAGUGAGGGACAGCCAUGAGCCACCUCACAACCAGCACUAGGUGCUGUCCCCAUGGACACAAGAGAACGUCUCCCAAAUAAAUCAUGGAAAUCCCCAGGUGCUGUCCCUCAGCUCCACUCUUGUCCCAUACAGCACAAGGUGUUCUCCUCAGGCUGCACCCACAGUUCUCCUCCCUGUCACAAGAACAGCCUCUGCUGGGUGCCAGCUUUGGGGUCUGGCCCAGCAAACCCCAUCCCUGUGGGGUGUGGAG